AAUAUAUUUGAAGUAUAUAAAGUCCACGGAACAAUCAGCUCUUUUUUUGAUAACAAACAAAAAAGAAAAGAAAAAGAUGCCUUCAAUACUCCACGCCAUCUCGACGCCAAACGGUGAGCAGUUGUCAUUCCAACCUACCAUCGAAUUACCGCCUUCGCCACCUCACUCGCCACCCAAACACCAUUUUGUACAUCCUGGACUACUAUCAUUGCCAACAACACAGCAACGUGUAAAUCCAACAAUGUGGCUGCCUGCCUGGCACGCUGUGCAUGAUGCCAUGACAACGUGGAAAGAACAUGACCAUGAUAUAAUUCAUAUUGACGAUGCAUCGACUCCUGCUUUUAUCACCAACAUCCUGGACCCUUGGUUUCAAUACAACUCUUUGCCACGACAACAAAAAGUAAAUGAGAACGAAUGGAACGAAUUUGUCGAGUUUAACGAAAAGUAUGCAGAUCUGAUCGUGAAUAGAUAUCGAUCUCAUCAUGAUAUCAUUUGGGUGCAUGACUAUCAUUUAAUACUGUUGCCAAGUAUGCUACGCCGAAAACUUCCGCAAGCUACUAUCGGCUUUACUAUCUAUGCUUGUUGCCCAAACUUGGAUAAACUUGAAGGAUACGGACGAGCCCUGCAACGUAGCAUGUCUGCUGCCGAUCUCAUUGGAGUUCAGUCCGAGCUUGAUAUGCCUGUACUUUCUGCUGCUUCGGCUACUGCGGCUGCCACUCCAAUCACCACCACCAGCACAGCUACCACGUUACUAACACCUACCGUACACUUGAAAACGCCCUCAUUCGCAGCACAAGAACGUUCACGCGAUAUUCGGCGAUUAUUCAAGGGCAAGCGCAUCGUCUUAUGUCAAGACACUGAACCUGCUGGUGUUCUAAAAACGGUGGCUGCUAUGGAACACUAUCUCUCGACGCACAACAAAGAAAACACCAUCUUCAUCCACAUCUGCACCCGCGCCAGCAUUCCACGACCCCUCGACUCCAUCCCUGACCUCGUCCGCCAAAUUAACCAGCUCUACGGCACGCCAGAAUCUGUGCCUAUCCAUUUCUAUCAUCAGGACAUGGACACCGACGAAUACGACGCGUUGUUACUGGCUGCCGAUGCAGCGCUAAUUAUGGGCAUGCAUCCACACGCUUCAAUUGCUGCACAAACAUACAUUGCCAGACAACAGCAGUCCCUCAGUAAUACGACGCCAUCAUUGAUCGUUUCCCACGGAUCUCCUCUACAGGGCCAACAUAUCACAGCAGAUCAAUCCAGUCCCAGUGCCUUGGCAGCGGCAUUGGAAAGUGCACUCGAUAGCGAUAAGCAACAGCCACAACAACAACAUGCAGUAUCAAAGCAACAAAAACCCAAAUUCCUUGAAACCUUGUCAAAGAAGCGACAGCAACAACAGAAAUUGACGGCAAAACUGAAUCCGACCCAAGUUGGCGAAGCAUGUCGCAAUGCACGACGGCGCCUGUUUUUGUUCGACUAUGAUGGUACUCUUUCGCCGAUUGUUGCAAACCCUGAUGACGCCAAACCUACACGGGCCCUACUGCGGUAUUUGCAAGCAUUGUGCAAUGACCCUCGCAACGUGGUAUGGAUUGUUUCGGGCCGUGACCAAGCGACCUUGGAUUCCUGGAUUAGCAGCACCGUGCAUGGCAUUGGUCUGAGCGCCGAGCAUGGUUCGUUUAUGAAGUUACCUGGCGAAUCAUCAUGGGUCGACAUGUUGGCUCAAGCAGACAUGAGCUGGAAAUCACGCGCCUUGGCUAUCUUUGAAUCCUACACAGCACGCACACCGGGAACGGUUGUGGAACAAAAGAAAUCAUCGAUUACGUGGCAUUAUCGCAAUGCGCAUGACGCUGACCUUGCUUUAAAACAAUGCGAAGCUUGCUUUGAAGAAUUACAAAAGAUUCCUGGCGGCGGCGUCGAUAUUAUGCGCGGUAAAAUGAACCUUGAGGUUCGGUCUUUACUCGUCAACAAGGGUAAUGUCGUCCAACGGAUCCAACAAAGUGUCGGUGCUGACUUUGUUCUAUGCGCUGGUGAUGAUCGUACCGAUGAAGACAUGUUCCGUGCCCUCGAGGACGAGCCCGCUUAUUGUGUCCUGAUAGGUCCUCAAGAUAAGGAAACCGAUGCCAAAUACUGUGCCGAGACAAGUGAACAAUUUGUUUCUUGUGUUGGACAGCUUGCCAAUGUAUCGUCUACCCAUAGUGCAUUAUAAAUCUUUCAUUCUUUUGAUAAGCAUACACUUCCACUUAUUAUAUACUCCCUCUGCAUACUAAAUUAAUAUUCCCCGACCUAUCAUCACUUGCUAUCACUCAUCAUAUCUAUUUUGUACAGUUUAUUCGUCCAUUUUUUAUUUUUUCUCAACUUUCGCAUCUUAUUUCUUGUACCUGAUAACCCGCAUACAACACACACACAAAAAGAACAGUUUCAGAUCAUCUCAUGUUAGAUGUUAUCUACAAAUUUUUUAUGUAAUAAAUCCCAUGUACACAUUAG